GCGGCCCCGUAACCUACAUUUUCGUGGGAGCUCCAUGAUGCGCUCUCCGAUAGACUUGGUCAGUUCUAGAGGCUAAAGCUGCGGACAAUGGCGGUACCAUUACCUCCACCGCCUGUUCCUGGCCAUGUAUCUGUAUCUUGUCGGAUGCGGCCCUUGCUGGUGGGUGAGGUCUCAAGCGGUGUGGCUCGAGCACCUUGGGUGCUUACAAACCAGUCUAUCACUUUGAAAGAGCGCAGUCUUUCUCGAGUGGACUCAGACUUCAAUUCUGACGGGCUAAAAUCGCUGAAAACCCGUGGAGAGCUUCGAAACUUGGAUCACUUGCGCCGACCAGAUGGUGAAACCAUCAUGGAUCAUGUUUUCGGCGAGGAAGCUUCCACACAACAGGUCUACGAAGAGGCCUUCAAGAGCAUCGUUUUCGGGGCCGCAGAGGGCAUGAAUGGUGCAAUCCUUGCUUAUGGGCAAACUGCGAGUGGAAAGACUUUUUCCAUCAGCGGCUCCACCGCAUGGGACACAGUAUUCAGAUGCAUGGGACACAAAGGAAGCUGCGUGAUUGUCAGAGCCUAGGCUGUAAGUUACGAUGGAG